GUCGCAGCUUCCUUUUACAGCAUUCACAGGCUGAUGAUGAACAAGUGAAAGAAAGGACUUGAAAGUACGCAACAUGACAAGAUGAAAAUUGCCUGAAAGAAAGCGAGUAGAGUCUACUUUGGUUUGAAUCUAGCUGGGUGCAGAUGCAAAACUUUUGAGCUCAGACUCUUUGGUAAGAAACAGGAUGCCAAGUUAUCAACCUUGGUGCCAUGGUAAUAUCACUCGAUCCAGAGCCGAGGAUCUACUUUCCAAAGCAGCAAGAGAUGGAAGCUUCCUUAUCCGGGACAGUGAGUCCAUACAGGGAGCAUAUGCCCUCUGUGUUUUGUAAGUACAUAACACUUGUUUUCUAACUUCUAACCUUACUGUUUUUUGAUGCAGUUUCACACGAUGAAUAAAUUCCUAGUUCCUUGUUUGGAUAUUUCUCUAAUCUCUGUAACGUGCAUUUAGAAUUAUGUGAGGGCCGAAAUAAUCUGUUAAACGUUGCUGAAUACAAGUUUUUGGAAUCAACUUUAAGGGAAAAUACUAAUGUGUUGUCAUAACACAUUUCUUAAAGGUUAAAAUGUACCUCCUUUGUAAUGUCAUGCAGCUUUUCUUUCUUUAUUUCUUUCCCUUUUUGCAAAUAUGCAGUGCAACACAAGUUUAGUUCCCCUUUAUUUGCAUGCAGUUCUGCCACAAAGCAACACCUCUUGCUCUCUGCAGCACAUUUCAGUUUCCAUUGGUUAAAACAUAUUUAAAGGCACUGUGAGGAGUGUGAUUUGGUGAUUUUCUGCAAAUAAAAAAAAACCCUGAGUUGACAUUCAGCACCUGGGCCCUAAGAACUGGUGAAGCAUGACUCUUGUCAAAAGAACAAAUUAGCCAUAAACAUGACCUAAUGCUGAGCUUUCCAGCCUUUCUGUCCAAGAGUCCUCUUUCUUGUAUUGUAGAAAAGCAUACUUCUUAAGGCCCUUAGAGAACAAGUGGUGAAUUAUUGUCCAAAUAUACCUCAGUUUAAAUGUUCUCACCAAACAUUUCUGAGUUCCUCACUCAGAUUUCAGCAGGUAGAACUAUCAAAAACAACAAGCAAGUGCAUAAUAAGAAUUUUAUUGAGAAUGUGUUAAUUUCAUUUUAACAACCCCAGAGCAGACAGAGUCUGGUACUUCCCUCAGAUCUUUGGAGCCCUUCUGGCCUUCCAUGUUUGAUACCAGCGAUCGAGUGACCUGUGUCUACAUUGUAGUGGCCUACUCAGUUUUGUGCACUACAAACAUGCACUCUGGAGGGUCUGCAUCGCCAUACAAUACUCAAUACCCAAAAACAAGUUGGCAGUGUGAUUUCUAAUCAUGUUUCCAGUUCACAGUUACUGUUAUGUUUGCUACUGGUUUGUGCACAAUAAACCACAGUGACCAAAACCAAACAUAUUAUGUUGGACUUGAGGUUGAUGAAUGUCAUGCAGCAGUCGAUCACAUGGCAAUUAUCACAAAUACAGAAAAAAAGAAGACUUCGAAGGAAAUAAGUUGAUACCCAAUCACAAGGCUUGUGGUCUGUGUUUUGAGUUAUAUUUUUGUAGAGAUGCAUGUCAGGCUACCUACAUAUGGGGUAUGAUGUGACAUAUCCCAAUGAAGCAGGGUUUAUAGGGUUAAGUUGUGGUUAACGUACAGUUCAUAAUUUUGCAUUGCCAUGAUUUGAUAUGCCAUCUCUCUCAAUUCUGCAAAAUGGUGUUUCUAGGAAACAACAGUAGUGUUAAAAGACAAUUUUAUUCAUGUGCUUCAACAACAACUCCACACUUUGAUGAGAUCCACAUCUACGUAUAUGACAGUGAGUCAUGGUGCUCAUGGGGAAUGCAGUCUCCAUCUUGGAAAAAACACUCCUGGUUUAAUCUAACUCAAUUUUUUGGCCUAACUCAGAUCUAUAUGAUAUGAAAACUCCUUGCAGUGCCUUUAAAGUGCUUCCAAUAAAAGCCUGUUUUCUCUGCCUGUAACCCCAGUGUAGCAUGCAACAUGUCAGUGACAGAAAUUUGCAUGUUAUUAUUCCAAACAGAUACCAGAACUGUGUGUACACAUACAGAAUCCUGCCCAAUGAAGACAAGAAGCUCUCUGUCCAGGUGGGUUAAUAGUUUGCCAAAGUUUUGAUUCUAAGCUGUAGUACUUGUCAGGGUAGAAAUUUAAGUAUUUACGUCAUAUGUGCAAAUAAAUUGCUACCUAUUUCUUACAUAGAGUUAAAUAGUGCUAAUAGCUGUUUUUAAGGAAGUCUUUCCUCUAAUGCACCUUAUGAUGUGCUGCAUAUUUGGACAUGUUAGUGGUACUGUCAGUUUGUUGUUAAUUAACUGGCUGAGAAGGAAGUCCAACACUUUGGUCCAGACUAAAAAAAUCCUCCUCAGUAACUUUUACAAGAACUGUUAUGUGGAAUGAUGGUUAUCCCACUGAGCAAAUUUUAGACAAGAAGUCUAAUAGACGUCUAAAUGUAGCCUAGACGACUGGUCUAAAAUCAGGCUACCACAGGACUAAAAAUGAACGUUUUUUUAGACAUCUAAAUUUAGACCAAGUCUGACCAAUCUAAAUCUGGGCUAUAUCUUUACUACACUGUAUAUUGCUCAACAGCUAUCAUAACUAUUUCGGUUAAGUACUUGGAGAUCAGUGAAAUAAAUAGUUAUCGGAUAAUGGGUUAAAGUGCUAUGUCUAAAUUCUAUCUAAAAAUAUACAGAAUCAAGAUGGUUGAAAUUAGGUCUGAAAAAACAAAACAAAAAAUAGACGUCUAAUAGCCGUCCAUUGCUCAGAAGGAUACAAGCAACAUUUAACUGCAGGGCUCUUGAAAAACUAGGCAAACCUGCCCACUUACUUCAAAACUUCAGUCGUCACAACGUUUUGAUGCAGUGGUCCUUGCUAAAAGUAUCUGCAAAUGAAACUCUUCUAAUUCCCAGACUUCUGAAAGAAAAGUAUGGAUCCAUAUAUUCUUACUUUAAACAUCAUGGCUUCAUUAUCCCCACUGAUUUCGUAUUGCAAUCUUUAAACCUCUACACAAAAAUCACCCCUAUAUCAAAUCUCCAAGACCCCUAUCAGGAUUAUAAUUUGCACAAGUACUUCAUCAGGUGAUUGUUUGCAAUGUUUGCAAUAAACUGAAGAUGACCAUUGUGUCCAAAAAUUCUGAUUAUUGGCAUUUUGUUGCAUUAAGAGAACACACAAAGUUUUAGUUUAGUAUCAUUAUCAAAUCUAAAUUUGAUUUUACUGCAGUGUAUUAGACUCUGGGUUGACAUCUUUGGUUCAACUAUUAAAUGGCUCAAGUCUUAUGACACUAGGAGGUCUUUUAGUGUUGCUACUGGAAACUCACAGUCAUCCUGUAUUACUUAGCCCUGCGGGGUACCUCAGGGGUUGGUUCUGGUGCCACUCCUGUUUUCUAAUUAUAUUGGGAUAUGUGGGCUGUUGACACAGAAUUGGCAAGGAGGUUGAUCAACACCAUCACCUGAUGAUGAACACUGUUUCACAAUAUUAUAUUUAUUGGAUUUUAUAACAUUGAAGGUACAAUUUUUAGUUAAAUUCCAUAAACAAUCUUAAUUAAUAAUCUUAAUUUAUCUUAAUGUAAAUCUUAAUUUCUUUUAUUUAGAUUGAACUGAAGUAAUUUUACAAAAAGCCUCAGUAAUCCUUUGUGUGUUGCACGAUCAAGGUUACUUUUGCACCAAACUUGACGUAUACCUGCUUAGCAUCAAUAUAUUAGACGUCAAUAUUGUUGGUGUUGUGUACAUAUUAUCAUUCUGGUAUUGACUCCUUUAUCUAGUUGAAUAUUUUAAAUGAGACCACUGGGUUUGUAGAAAUACGUAUAUCAUUUUUUGCACGAUGAUUCAGUCAUUUAGUUGGACAUUAGAAAAGAUUAGUAUCAGCUUGAUCAGCAUUUAUUGUCUGCAACUGAUGAGCCAGCACACAUCAGCACAAUCUGACUUACAAAUUGAACUUUUAAGAUUCUAUAGACUCCAUCAGAAUGUUACAUAGAUGCCCGUUAAAUGUCACACAAGAUAUUGCAAAAUACUACAUAAAAAUGCUUGGCAAAACCUAAAUGCAGCUUUUCUGAUUGUAGACUUUCUUUUACUCAUUGCAACUCUACCAGGGCUUUUCUGAAUCUAUGCCUCAAUGAGUUUUGCAUUAGAUUAAACUAAUGGUUAAGCAAAGCUGGUAGCUCAGUGUCACUUUAGCCUUACUUAAAAGGUCAUUUGAGACUGCUUGAUAGUGACUAUGAACUGAAAAAAAUGAGGUCAACCUUUGGCUGAAGGAGAAUCUGUGAGCAAUGUAGUCAUUUGUAGGGGGCAAUGGCCAAAAGAAUGAUUCUAUUCUGCACAUUAGGUGAGGCUUUGUGUAUGUAUGUUGUCACUGUUGGCAAAAUUCAAAGUUAUAACUUGUGUGGAAAAAUUCCUCAUGCACAUGGAGGAACUGAUACUGCACAGUAUUGUUGGGUUUAAUAGGAAAAUGAAACUUUCAGUCUACAAAUAUUACAAAUUUACAUGUAAUUUCACCGACUGAGAGGGCAUUUAUUUUUGGUUAGUAAGUUACUCAUGUUGUUUUUUUUUAUUUGAGUAUUAGUUGUAUUUCUGAGCAGUUUUCCCAAGAAUGGAAGAACUCAAGGUAUUCACUAUUAAAGCUUCUGUACGGAAUUUCUUUAGCAGGUUACAAAACAGGCUGAACUUAAUUUUGAGGGUUGAAGAACUACAAAAGUAAACUAGACCGUUAGUCACAUGAUUGGCUGUUGCUAUGCACUUAUUUUUGAUAUCUGAAACCACUGCAGCAGGGGAGGUGUCAAAGUGAGAAACUGCAGGCAGCCAAGAUAGCCUUUGUUUUCAAUUUUGCACAACAAAGAUCUUCUACAAGUCAUACCUUUUGUUGUUCAAAGAAAGACACAACAGGAUUAGAUUCCUCUGUUAAGUCCAUCACUUAGAUAUAUAGAAGAUGAAAUCAGCUAAAAGACAUGAGAUACUGCUUUGUCAGAAGUGGAGGCCCAAAACUGACACGGACUGAAAGUUUUUAGUAUAAUGUCACGGGUCUGUUAGAGAAAUGCACCAGGGCUGAGGCUCGAAGGACAUAGGUUUAAGUACAUGUGAUAAAUGAAAACAACCUUACAAGGUUUGGAUUGAGCCCCUGAAGUGCACCAUGCUUCGCCACCCCCUAGAAUAGUCUGUGCUCCAGUUUGACCACCCGUGUCAAAAAAAGUCUGGCUCUACUCCAGCAACUCGUACAAAAUUUUAGACUUAGAGGCAAAGCUGCUGUUUUCUGUUUGAGCCUUUGUAAACUAAGAUCCAGAAAUAAGAACUUUUUGUUAGAGCAUCUUUUUCUGCAGUCUGUGAGUUGACAUGUUUGAGAUAAAGCUCUACUGGAGUGAUAAAAAUGAAAGAACUUAACUGUAAUGACCCGGUGUUGUGAGUACAAUGACCGCAGUGAGAAAACUUACAAAGAAGUGAAGGAAAUGAUGACAUGAAUGUAGUUGUAGUCUGCGGAAAGAAGCCACAGACAGUGGAAGUAGACAUAUCUGGCAUCAUAUAGGAAGUAAAAGUUAAAAUAGUGUCACAUGAUUUUGUAACAGAGAAAAGAAAGCUCUUCUAGACUGCAGCCUAGUUUGACAUUUUAACUCUGCAGAGGUCAAAGAGAGAAAUGUUUCUGCUCUGAUCUGAUUUUCAGGCAUCUGAGGGAGUUCCUAUCAGGUUCUUCUCCAUGCUGCCUGAGCUGGUGGAGGCUUAUUACAGUCCCAACAUGGGUCUAGUCACACACCUGCAGUACCCUGUCCCGAGGGAGGAGGACGGGGAGGAGGAGCCAGGUCAAAUAACUCUCAUCUAUUCGAAAAGUAGCUUUAAAAGAGUGAUAGCCUCUAGUCCACAUUUUUUAAAAUCCUUAAUGUCCGAUGUGUUUUUGUCCUACAGAGUCAAACAAUCUUCCCCCACAGCUUCCACCCAGGAACUUCACAGCCAACGAUUUAAAAGACACUGACCUCAAGCCUUCAGAGCAGGCCUGCAAGUCCUUAUCAGAAACCUACCUGACGAGACUGCAGCACAUGGACCUGUCCUCGUAUGCUCACUUUCACAUCAUCUUUCACGAUAAAGCACAAGAGUUUCACAAUCUAUGCAACACAUUGCUUUGUGUAUUUCAUUUGUUAAGUGCUGUGUUUCUGGUAUCUGCCUUUGUUGGACAGGGCAGAUAAAGAUAGACGGUAAAUAUGAGGAAGAAGAGGUUGUAUGGACAGAAACAGAAAGGUCAAAGACCAAAGUCACAGUCAGAGAGCAUGCAGAUGAGACAGAGACUCUCUACAUGGGAAGUUCAUAUAGCAAACUUAGCCACCACACUGCAAAUUAACAAAAUACUGGAUGGGAAGAUUAGUGCCAUAUUAAGAUUAAUGAAAUAAUAAACAUUUUGAUUACAAUGUCAGUAUAUUGUGGGAAUAUAGUCAUUAUAGUAAAAAGUUCUAAAUGAGAAUAAAGCUAAAGUAGAAGACAAAAAGUUUUAAUUAACAGGAAAAAAAUAAAUUCAUAAUACAUUCAUAAAAUAACAAGAUUUAAGUCUUAGAGUUAUGAGAAUAAUGUCACUUGAUAUUUAUGUAUUCAGAAAGGAACAGUGCAUAUUAAUGAACAUACGAAUGAUAAUACAAAUGUAAAUAUGCCAGCGUUAGCAAAGUUCCUAAUUUACACCCGUAGUCCCCUGGCAGGCAAUAAAGACACAUAUGAAAAAGACAAUACAUUAAUAUAUACAAUGUGCACAUACGUUAUGACAGGGUCAAUGUAAAUUUUGUUGAGCACAAUGCAGUAUUUAAAGUGCGUGUUUUUAUGUAAGGAGAAAAUUUCCACACAUGUGCAAACUGCAAACACAAGUCAGUCACCUCAAGAUAUUUAAAAGGGGGAUAGUAUGACCAUAAUAGCAGAUGUAGAUAUAUAUAUAUAUAUAUACAUUUUAAAUGGAAGAGGAAAGACAUCCUACCUGACUCUGUCCACUCCUGCUGUCUGGAGUAGACAGAGACAGUAUGAGACAUGGACAUGUGUAUGCCCCCACAUGCCUACAACAGUAAUAUUAUACAUACAAACCAAAUUUGUAUUUAUUUAUAAUCUAUUUAUAAUUCAACUUCCCCUCAGGGAUAAAUAAACUUAUCUUAUCAAAUUAUCACAAGUGCACAAAACAGCAUUAAAAUACAAAGCAGACUGGUGCAAUGUACACAAUGAACACAAUGAAAAUAAGUCAUAUAUAUAUAUAUAUAUAUAUAUAUAUAUAUAUAUAUAUAUAUAUAUAUAUAUAUAUAUAUAUAUAUAUAUAUAUAUAAUGUGCAGGUAAAAUUACUUUCAGGGGGGAAAGACAGCUGCACAAAAAUGAGGAACCUGGAUCAUUUUGUAAAGUUAAACUCAACAGCUGAGGACAAAUAGCAGCUGCAGACGCGUGCACAGGCUGCAUGUUAGUCUGCUUUCUGCAGAAUUGACUCAGUUUCCUCCUCAAUUUAUUUAGAAUCCUGAUACUUACGACAAUGUGGUGCUGAUAGAUUUAUUAUUCAUUACUGAAACCAAUGCAAAAAUAUAACCUUACAAGGGUCAUCAAGUUUCUCAUUUUAGUGCAGACAGUAGGCAGCUGAUUGUUAAAUAACAAGUUGAGUCAUAUUUAUUUAUAGAGCAUAUUUAGGACCAACUCAAGUUUACCAAAGUACUGAAUAACCAAGGAGACAAUAAAUUUGAUCCCAGCAAAAAGACCACACACUUACAGUAUAAUAUACUGUACAGAAGAAAUCUCAAAAUAUGAGAAUACCAGUAUUACAAUAAAGACCUGCUGAACAAUAUAAGAAAAUUAAUAUAUAAAAGAGACACUGAAUUUAUAGGCCACCGAGAAGAGAUAUUUAGGAGAGCUGUUAGCCGUGCAGUCUAAACAACCUAGGCACAAAGACUUAAGUCUUCACCACAGCAGCCACUGGUUCAAUUCCUGGUAACCCCCCUUUGCAGCAUGAUCAGCCCCCACUCUACUCCCCACAUACCUCAGUUAUCUAAUAAAGGCAUAAAAGCCUUAACCUAUAAGUUUUUAAAAGAGAGGUGGGUCUUCAGCAGUAACUCAAAAAUAUCAGGGGACUCUGUAAGUCUUACAUGGAUAGGUGGACUGUUGUAUAAUCUAGGUGCAGCAGCUGCAAAAGCUCUAUCCUCUCUGUUUUUGAGUCUCAGUCUUGGGAUUUUUAAAGCGACUGGGUCAUUGAUCUCAGAGGUCUAACAAGAGUGUGACAGAGCAGGAGGCCAGCCAGAUGAGAGAAAAAAAACAGACAUUUCUCCAUUAAACUGAUGAAACUAUUAACUGAAUUGUGUACAUUAAAAGCAAGUCAUUGUUUCAAUAAGCAACCAAAUUUGGCAACACAGCCAAACACCAUGAAACAAGUCAGCAUUAAUACGUGAUUCAGCUGGUAUUCAAAGCAUAAUUUGCAGCAGUCCAGAGUCCUCAUUCACAGACUUUUCAAUAAAUAGAUGAAUUCCUGUAUCGCACUGUAAAAUCACAGACAGAAAUAUAUUUAUAAGCCAAGAAAGUAUGACCGUGUUUUAGGCUGUCAAUUAAACACUGGAAAAGAAAAAUCUGACUAAUGUAACAUUCUAAUACACUACCAAAUUUCACUUAGCAACCCAAGUUUAUAACAUAUUUAACUUUGCAACACAGCACCACUGUACUCAAAACAAAUACUGCAACUCUAGUCUUUCGUGCGCUUGCAUAUUUUAUCUUCCAAAGUUCAAUGAUGGAGUAUCAAGCUGUGAGGGCUACCUAUCACAGGUAUACGACAUGACAACAGCAGUAUUAAAUGUGUACAGUGCAAUCAUUCCUAUGAUACUGCACAGUGUAUUCUCGGAGUGAUGACUUAAACUAAUAUGUGCUAAGAGGAAAACAGUGUUUACAAUUCUCCUGUACUGUGUAUUUGCAGAAUGCCAGAAGAGCACCAGAUAGCCAUCCAAGAAUACUUCAGGACCUCAAUCUGCUCUGAUGCUGAACAAGUACAGAGCGGUUACCCGACCCUACCUGGGCUUAAGAAGCUAACAAUGACAAUCUGCAAGAGCUUAAACAGGUACAGCUCCAGUAAUCAAGAAAACUGCAGAAACUCUUAGCAACUGUUUCACUCUCUUAUUUUAAGUAAAAAUGUCUCAUUAGGAAUCAUCUAAGCCAUAUUUUAAAAAAAAGAAAUAGUCAAAAAAGUGCUUUUUUAUACUAGAAAUAAGACCUGUAAGAACCUUGUAAUGAGUAAGACAGACAUUUUCUCAGAUCUGAUUUUUGCUGCAUAAUAUCGUGAAAUAGGCCUUCUCACGAUUUGUCAGGUGUAUGUGGCUUAACUUAAACCUCUGCUAAGAUUUCAGCUUUUGCAGCAAAAAAAAUAAAUAAAUAUAUAUAUAUAAAUGAGAUAGUUAAGUCCAGAUUUGAUGACACAUUUCCCUUCACUGAGACAGUGAAAUUACCCGCAUCCUGCCAGCUCUGGAGGCCUUCCACAGGGCGUUGGACCAACAGCUCUCCCCUGGGAUCGGGCAUUUUCCAAAACAGGUGGGUGUCAAACUUGAUCAAUCAUCCAUCAUCCCUAAAAAGUCACAAUCAUAAUAUAUUAUUUCUUUAUUUCUAGAUGUCUGCUGAUUCAGGUCAGUUUGUAUCCUUCAGACUUGAGCAACUGACAAAACUGCUCUACUCAAUAGAAGAUAAGGUGAGGUACCAUAAUGUUAUUUGACCAAUUAGAAACGUCUUGAAUCAGCAUACCAACAAAUUAUAGUGGUGACUAAUAACAAAGAAAUUCCCAUUUUUUUUAUUCAGGCUAAAAGUUCCAUUUUUGAGUCGGUUGGAUUCGAUGCAGGACACAGGAAAUCUCUAAUUCCACCUGUUACAUUUGAGGUACUCUAACUUGUUUAUUCUUUCAAGCUGCUAGAAAAUGAAAUGAUUUAAGUUGUCCGGAGGUUAUCUGAGCAGUUUCCCAAUUCACUGGCAGGUCAAGCAAGAUUCACUGGGUAUUUCCACAAAGAUGUUCCUGAAAGUGGAUGUUGAAAGUGGGAAGCUGUACUUCAAGAAGUCCAAAGACGGGCCUGAAGACAAAUACUUUGUGCACAACAAAAGUAUGAAAUCCUGCCACUCUGUCAAACUUUUUUCCUUGUUUGUUUUGGUCAGGCUAAAUGUGUCACUCCAGUGAUGGUCCGAUGUGUGUAACUCUGCCUUAAUAGGAAUUUUAAAAGAUUUUAAAUAGAGAGAGGGAAGAUUUUUUUCAAUAAGCUCUGUGAGAAAAAAAAAAAAAAAGGAAAUCAAGAAACAAGUCAACAGUUUCUAUGCUGCAAUGUCAUACUUCUCAGUGCUUUUAUGACACACUAGGGUGAUGAUAAUUGUCGAGUUAAAUUUCCCCUUUUUCCAGCAUCAUUGCCUGCCCGAACUCGCUCAAGGCCUGGAGAUCAACAGAGGACACUGUGGACAACUCAGCUUGCUUUGAUUUCCUUUGACUGUAGAUGGUAACCAAUAGCAGAAGCAGGUUGAUAACCUCAAAGGAAAUAAACGAAUUGAGGCUGUUAUUAAGUAGGCACAAAUAAAUUAACUCAUCAGUACUAAUUUCAAAAAAGGGUUAUGAAAUGUAAGAAUUAAACACAUUAAAUGCAUGGGUAAACUAUCAUUUUUUUAUGUUUUAAAACAUUCCAAUUCAUUCCAAAAUCAAUUUGGCUUUUAAACAGUUUUAAAUUAUUUCAAAUUAUGCUAAAUGCUUAAUAUUAAAUUCAUUUGAACUCAAACUUAAUAUUUAAUGUUAGGGUCGAUUUAAAUCAAAUCUAUCACUCUAUGACGGCUUGCAUAAAUUUAAACAACAAAGGAAACAACUAUAUUAGUUUUAACAUUAUAUUUUAAGUGCACAGGGCUUAGAUUGCAAUAAACUCAAAUAUUUCAACCUCUUAAUCACUAAAUUUGAUUUGAUUUUUGAUUUGAAUAUAGAUUUUCUCACCACUGGCGUCUCUGAGGUCUCCUGCAGCGAUGCCACCAAACACUCUCUCUGUAACAAAGGAUGCUUUUAAUGGAUGCACAUGAAACAGAGGGGAAGUGUGUUUCUAGGCUUUGUUCUUCCAUCUACUCAUGUGAAAGGGCAGAGAAGAGAGUUCACAGAAUAAAGCUGUACCUCCAAAUGAACCUCAAUGCACAUUUUAAAAAAAUCGUUUUCACCUACAUGGUCCUGAGUUGAUUUUUGUUGCAUUCUUUCUGACUUUUUUUGUUGGUCUGUUUUUUUUUUUUUUUUUUACUUAACCUUUUAUUUCUGGCUUGUCUUGCUCAAGGUCAAAAUACCCAAACUUGAUGAUUUCAAACAAGACAGGUCCUGUUGAACUGAGUUAUCCAUUGGAAAAUACAGCAUUGUAAUGAACCAUUUUGUUUUUUUCAGUACUGCAGUUGGUGAAAUCUCAGGAAAAGCAUGCCAAACUUAUCAUCGCAGUGGAGACAGAGAAAGAGAAGAUUCUGCGUAAGGAGUUCUUGUUUGAAAACACAAAGGUAACAAACAUUGAAACGGCUUUUCCUCUGAGUUUGCUCAUAUUCUUGUCUUGUUUGAGUGUUGAGCUGGUAUUUAGCAUGUUUGAAGCUGCAUUUUUAAUAUGUCUCACUAGAAAAGGGAAGGAUUUUGCCAACUUCUUCAACAAAUGAAGAACAAACACUCUGAAAAGCCUGAGCCUGACAUGAUCACAGUGUUUAUAGGCACCUGGAACAUGGGUAACAUUUCAGCAUCAUACAUAUUUGAACUCAUUUACUAACAGCGGUGACAAUGAUGUGAUGCAAUUAACACUCCACCAUCAAUGUGCAGGUAAUGCUGGUCCUCCCCACAACAUCAACUCCUGGUUUCAUUGUAAGGGCCAAGGGAAGACACAAGACGACACAGCCGAUCACAUCCCCCAUGACUUUUAUGUCAUUGGGACUCAGGAGGAUCCACUGGGUGAGAGGGAGUGGUCAGAUAUAGUGAAAGGUGUCCUCAGGAACAUCACUAACAUCAGCUUUAAACAGGUGGGUGACUGGCAAAAAAAAUAAACAGCUAUUCUGUCCAGCAGAUAUGUAUUAUAUUAUCCUCUGAAAUCCAGGUGGCGAUCCACACUCUGUGGAACAUUCGGAUCAUGGUACUGGCUAAGCCUGAGCACGAAAACAGGAUCUCUCAUGUUUUUUCAGACAGUGUGAAGACGGGGAUUGCCAACACUCUGGGUAAGCUAUUUCAACUCUCCACAAACUGCUCAAUGAACUUUCAUCAACGUUAAACAAUUACUCUGUCUUGCUCACCCUGAGAUUUGUUUGGUAGGAAAUAAGGGAGCGGUGGGAGUGUCCUUCAUGUUCAACGGGACAUCAUUCGGUUUUGUCAACAGUCACCUCACUUCAGGAAGUGAAAAGAAGCUCAGGUGAGAAACAGAAAACACAUUUAGAGCCAAGGGUAAAAUUGUGCUUUGAGGAAACAAUUUUAUUUUUUCCCAAUUUGUCUGAUAAGAAUGAGCACAGACUCUUCAUUUUCCUCACACAUGUACAUCUUUUAAAUGGUAAGGACUGUAAACAUAAAGUACAUUUAAAAUACAGAAAAUGUUUCAAAGAUUGAAUCCUGCUGCUCUUGAACGUGUGGAAUACAGCCUCAGUUGCAUGAGCUAACCAUGGUUUUCAUCAGCUAGCUUGUGAGCAUUAGCUUGCUGGCUAAAGAGCAUUAGAAGGAGCUAUGUUAAGCGUUCCUGUUUAUGUGCUAUGGCUUAUUGCAAGGCAUAAUAUUUGACUAUGUUGCUUGCAAUGUACAGUAGCUCUGCAAAGGCAGUUGCUGAACAGCUUGUUGCUCUGAGUAUUUUUACAUUUUAACCUUUAGCCAAGCUAGCAAGUUAGCUAACAAAGACUUUUAGGCACUUUGCAACUACUUUCAAAUUAGAGGAAGAGUUUAAAGCACAUGUGAUCCAAAACUGACACUGCCAUUAUUUGCGUUUGCCCUGUGGCCUUUAUGAGGAUUUUGAUUUAGAGUCAGAUUUGGGGUGAUUCUGACAAAACGAUAGCUCCUAUCAGAAAAAAAAGCAGACUGUGGUCAUAUAAAGACUGCUGUAAAAUCGUUACAAUGUGCCUUGGGGCACAAUAUAGAUGCUAUUAUUGGUGCGAUAAUGUUUUUCUAUUGUAAACAAAUUUUUUGCAAUGAAAAGGUCCUUACACACCGGGACCGACACAAAUAUCCAAGGCGAAAUUACGAAAUAUUUGGAGGCGAAUUUUGACACGCCUGACUAUACACAUCAAGCCUGACACGAUUUUGCGACUUUCUUGGGGGGGGGGGGGGGGGGGUGCGUCCCAACAACACCAGACUGAGUGUUUUUCAGUUCUGAUUAGACACUAGUGUUGAGAUGGCUGUCUGUAAUGAUAGCAUGUACUGAGUCGGGGCCAGUACCAGAUAAACACAUUAAACUAUAAUCCAUGAACGUAAGGUAACAAACGAGAUCUAAUGGUGCUGUGACAGCAACGCUGUGAUUGAGUUUGAGACAGUGAAAAUACAUAUGGUAUGUUGUAUCUGAACCAUAGACUGUAUAUAAGAUGGACACCGUGGUUCCGCCUUCCGCCUGUAUACGCAUUUGAAGCCAAAAAGCUCUCGGUAAUUCCGGGUUUUUCUCCACUUCCUUGAAACCAGAGCUGCGCCGUAGCGAUGCGCGCAUUCGGCCGCGCAGUCGUCGAGAGUCCCUGUGAUGAUGCUUGGCUCAAACAGCGUAUCCCCCCGGGAGAGCUAUGCAAUCCCUGAACGCCCAUAGGCUGUACCAGGUGUCAAUCAUAGAAAACAUGAACCCCCUAAUAACUUUGAAUAACGGAGCUGUACAGAAAAAAAAGGACUUGGGCACAAACCAGUCUUACAAUAACUACAUGUCAACAUCACAAGCAGGGGGGAGAAAAAAUUAUGUUCUGUGUAAUAAAUUUCUAAAGUUUGUCCACAGACUUUGUCCAUUUUAUAUACAGUCUAUGAUCUGAACAAGUUAGCUUACGAACUACCAAGUGCUAAGUAAGCUACAAGUUACUUAGCACAGAUGAAAGUUAAAACAAAGACGUUUAGCAAACUGUUAAAGCACACAAAAUAUCCUUCAGGUCGUUAUCUUUGUAAUGUUUAUGUCUUUUAUCAAAAAGCACUCUGUUCUCCGACACGCAAACAAUCAGCCAGUCGGCCAUGUUGGAUAUACCAGUGAAUCUGACGUCAUAACAACACACAAUUUAAUUGGUCAGAAGUGGAGACACAGUAUGUAAAACUUUAGAAAAAUCGACAGGGAUCCGAAAAAAUAAAUGCUGCAAUACGGCAGGAUGGGAAAAUGUCGCUGAUGUGAACGCUUGUAUUGACAGGAUACGGGUUCGAAAAAGAAUAAAAACUUCCGAAAUAAUCGCACGAUAAAAACAGUCCCGCUGUGAAAGGAACUUAAGCCAUGAAAAACUGCGGGAAAUUUUGCAUUGAAGUCAAUGGGACAAGCCAGAGAAAAAAAGAGCAAUUAUUGGAGUUUUUCAAAUGUCUACUGCUCUGGUUCAGUGUUUUUUCUUUUGUACAAAUAAAUACUUGAAAAGGGGAAUGUUUGUUGUAGGUGUGCUCCUUCUGUGUAAUAUCACAAAGCUACUGGUAUUAAUUAUUUAAAAUCUCUGAAGAAUCGUAUCAUAAUGUCCACACCCUGGCAAUAGCCCCGUGGACCUUUCAAAAUUUCCAAGAGGGAUUGUCUAGGUUAUUUUACUGUGUUUGCAGACGUAACCAGAACUACAUCAACAUCCUUCGAUUCCUCAAUCUGGGAGACAAGAAACUGAAUCCUUUUGACAUCACUCAUCGUUUCACACACCUCUUCUGGUUGGGUGAUUUGAAUUACCGGGUUGACUUCCCAUCCACGGUAAGUUUCCAAAAAGCAGUUCAAUCCAUCAGAGUAAGAUAUAAACAAAAAUGAUAAAAAUUUAAUUUGUGUAAAAUACUUGCUGUUGAUUGAAAAAAAAAAAAUGUCAUAAAUAAACUUAGUAAUAGAAUUCAGAAAAACCUGAUCAGUUUCAGCAGCAUUUUGUGAGGUUGUUCUUGUCAUGACAUCGAGCUUUGAAGUUAGAGAUCUGACAGUGUAAGGUAUGAGUGGCACAUCAAAGGGCUGGUUUUCAGGUGCCUAAGCGCUUAUAGUUUCACACUUGCAGGCAGGAAAGUCACCUCUUUGCACUGUUUCCCUUCACAGGAAGCAGAGUACAUCGUGACAAAGAUCAAACAGCAGCAGUACCAGGAGCUGCUCAGCAGAGACCAGCUCAGUAUGGAGAGAAAUGAUGGGAAGGUCUUCUUACAUUUCGGUAAACCCUGAGGAGAUACAGAAAAAAAAAAAACCUGUUCAAGUUUGGAUGUUUCUGUUAUUCUAAAGCUGCAUCAUCACUUAACAAAAUACUCCAAAACUAAAAAAAAUAAAUCUGACAUGAUUAACUGUAAUUUUGAAUGUUUUGAUGUAGAUGAGGAGGAGAUCACGUUCGCUCCCACAUAUCGCUUCGAAAGAGACACACGUGAGAAGUACGCUUACACAAAGGCCAAAGCCACGGGGGUGAGCUCUAUUUUAGUCACCUGACUAUUCUCUCUGGUGUUUUUGGGCAUCUGCUUUAAAGCAGAAACAGUUAUAGCAACUGUAAGAUUCAACAGACAUAUCAUUUGAUAAAGAGCAUGCUUUAUGUUGACAGUCACAAUGUUCACUUGAGGACCUUUGUUACUCCAAGCUCUGUAUAUUAGAUCUCAGAAACACUGUUUUUCACCUCUAACAGAGAUCAUUUUACCUCUGUAGACAAAAUACAAUUUGCCCUCCUGGUGUGAUCGUGUCCUGAGGAAGUCGUACCCUCUUGUCCAUGUGGUCUGCCAAGCUUAUGGUGAGUCAAUCAUCAGAUACUGACUCACUACAUUCAUCACGCUAAACUCAACAUUUCCACAAAGGGUGAAGUAUAACAAAGUGAACAGGAACCAAUGAAUCAGUUUAAGUUUUUCUGCUUUGUCACUGAGAGUCUGAGGGCACAUUCAUACCAGGACUAUUUGGUUCAUUCUAAAAAGAUCAUGAUCCCCUUACUCCUUUAGUCCAGGUGGUAUGAACGCACAAGUGGACCGUGGUCUGGAUCAAACAUACGGACCAUGGUCCUGUUGAAAAUGCCAGACUCGGUCCCCUUCCACAUGAACCAUAGUCCGAUCCGUAGCGGGUGUGAACACAGCGCUGAUGCAGCUGGACUUUUUAUAUGUCAAUAUAAACCAAAAACACGUUUACACUGUAAUACAGCCGGGAAAUCAUGUCUGGUUGUACCAGACGGAGAACAGCCAGUUAAAACACCAGAUUGUGCAUAAAACUGGACGAAUGGCAGAGAGUUUGUGUUCUAAUACAAUAGUCAGGUGAUAUUAAAUACCUGGAUUUUCUUCUGUUCAACAAACACGCUGAUAAUGUGUUAUAGGCAUUCUUUUGCAUUGUAUCGGUGUCUCCUUGCACAACGUCUCCACCACCUCUGGUGAAUUGUGUGAAGCAAGAUGCCAGUUGUUCUCUCCAGUCGGCUACUUUUUGUGUGUUGUGGGACAAUGAAGAUUGUGCCCCAAAUGAGCAGGUGACAGACAGUGAUUUUCCCUUGUAAUUUUUCCUCUUUUUUAACCAUUUGGUUCGCUUAGCAAAAGUCCCAUGUGAACGCUAACCAGACCAAAUGCAAAAUGCAACAAUGUAAACACUUGGUCCUUGAACCCGACCUUCUUAGUGGACUUUGGGUGAGAAAGGCCCCUGAGACAUUUUUUAUUUUCCACAUCACUUCUUACAUUUGGUUCAGUCAAUGUUGACUUUCUUCGCCAUCUUUAGUUCUGCAAAUUGUGUUUUUCUCUUGACAUUUCUCCUCUGUUUCUAUCUUUUUUCUUGCUUUUACCGCCUAAACUAACCAGACCUCUUUUGGCGCACUAAUAUAACUGCAGUCAGUCUUCCAGAGUUGGUGUUAGAGCUGUAUGCAUAGCAACAUUAGACUUAUUAGAAUCAAAUGCUUUACUGUGAUGUGUAAUAACUAUACUGUAUGUAAAUAUUUGUAGGGUUGUCAAAAAUAAUCAGUUUUGUCAACCAUGAUUUGUUGCAGAAAUUAAGGAUUUAAUCAUGAUUAACAAUAUUUUAAUGGCAUUUUAAAAAACAAAAAAAUAUUUUUCAUUUUAAAACUCUUGUGAAACAGCUGGAAAUUCAUCCAAAAUAAGACAAGACCAUCAGCAACAAGAUUAAUGGUUUCCUGAAAUAGACAGUUUUUACAAAAUACAAUAAAAACUUCUGGGAAUAAUGUUGUGAUGUAUUUGGAAGACACAGCACACAGCAGUCUGAAGCAUAUAACACUGAACAACAAACAAAGUGACAUUUGUCAGGUUUUCACAGAAAUACUCCUCAGAAUUGACUCAUCAAGAUGAUGUUAUUUAUCUCAUGUUUUACCAGUGACAGUGACUUAGUAUUCCUGGCAGCUUUAUAGGGAAAUGUCUAAACACGCAAAGUCUACCACAAAUAAGUAAAUGAGUCAUUUCACAACAUAUGGCUCAAUAGUUUUGGCAGAAAACGAAAGCUCAGUAUGUUGAGUCAAGCAGCUUUAACAAGACAGCACAGGUCAAGAUGUCGAGGUCUGGACAAUUGGACCUGUCUUUGUUGAACGUAUCUCUCAUGAAUAGAAGGUAAUAUGAGAUGUAAUGUGAAUAUAUCCUUUAAAUUAUUUUUAUUAUUUCCAUAGACUCAUUAUGCAAACUCUUAAACCCUAGGGUGCACUAAUGACAUCAUGACAAGUGACCACUCUCCAGUUUUUGCCUCCUUUGAAGUUGGAGUGGCCUCUCAGUUUGUCUCCAAGCAAGGUAUGAUUUACACAUACAGAUUACUGGCUAUUACUUUACUAUAAUAAGUGUAUAAUAUUGUCAUUUACUCUGUCUUUUCAGAUCUUAACAGCACACCUAAUGGUGGAAUACAGAUCAUGAACUGUGUGGCCAUCUUGUUUACAAAGUCAAAGACCAAGUUCCUCAUUGAGUUUCACUCCAGCUGCUUAGAAAGUACACUUUUUCUCUUUGUUUGAGCACUCUAGCAUUGUUUUCAGCUUCAGCUUCAUGAUUAUUAAAAAAGAAAUCAAAUAUCUCACCUAAAUCUUGCAGAAACUGUGAAGACCUUAGAGGGAGAGAACAUGGAGCACAUUGAGGGGUCAAUCAAAGUUUGGUUUGGAAACCAGGUUCAGGUAGAGUUUGGAAGGACUCUUAUUUUGAAGGGUAGCAAUUUGUGGCAGGCAAUCAUCCUUUGUUUUGAUCUUUUCUAGCUCACACCAAUCAUCUCUGACCCUGAGUAUCUUUUGGACCAGCACAUCCUGAUCUGUGUGAAGUCAACAGACAGUGAUGAGUCAUAUGGUAAUGAACCUGUAAACACGUGAUUCAGAUGGACUAAAUGGAGAAGUACUCAAAGUUUGCUGAUCUUUUCUUCCCAUCAGGAGAGGGCUGUAUAGCACUGAGAGCUGCUCAGUCCUGCUACACAGAGUUUCAUAUCACCCUGACUCAUCACGGAGAGAAGACGGGGACUUUGACGGGCGGCAUCCAGCUACACACCUCUGAGGGCAAACUCACUGAGAAGUUAUACGGUGAGCCUAGGAAGAAAAACCUGAAGCUAGGCCUCAUUAUGAAGAGUGUUACCCACAACUAAUUAAUGCUAACUAAUGCAGUAAAUAACAGUGGUACCUGGUAGAGGGUAAAAAGCUCUUUCUCCUCACCACGCAUGUCAUAUGACUGAAGACUUGACCCUGUACCGGUUGCUUUGUUUUCUUUAGUUUGAUUGAUGUCUCUUUCACUCAGCUACUUGUCUCUUCAAACAUCCCCCUCCCAUUUCCAUCUUCUUGUCUUCAUUCUGAACCACUGACCGCAAAUCUUAAAGUUUUCUGCUCCAAAUUAACAGUCACAUGAAAAGUAGCCUUAGUAUUGUUCACAGAUGCUCAAGGAAACUAAUGUUUUUUGCCAUAUUGUCAACAGGAGAAGUGAAUUCAUAUUCUUUAUAAAUGAGCUGGACUCCAUUUCACAGAUUGAUUUGACAUGACAAGUAUGAUCAGUUUAUUCCAGGCGUCACUUGUGCCAGUCAGAAUUGAUCACCAUUAUAUUGGAGUUUUGACCAAUCAGAAUUAAGUAUUAAACACAGCUGGUGUUAAGUAAGCAAAUUAGAUCAUGAAGUUAUAAGAAAGGAAUCAAGCAAAACAGAAAUCCUGACCCAAACUAUAUUUUAUACUGAGCCUUCUCUGUGUUUGUACCCGCCUCAAAGUUAGUAAAUGUUGUCAUGAGACUCUGCAGUGGUCAACUCCUUUUGGAGGCAGCCCCAAGUGGCCAUUUUGAGAAGUGCAGUAUGUUGCACCUCUGUAUUUGUGUCAUUUUCCAGACCUUAAUGUUGUCACUUUGUUUCACCUGCAUUUUGGAGAGCUAACUCCUGUGUUUCCUCUGCUUUUAGAUUUCAUCAAAGUUGAAAAGGAUGACACCCCAAAAGGCAAAGGCGGUGACUCAAACAAGUGAGAUCUUUUCUUUAUGUCACACCAAAUGAUCUCAAAUAUACCUUCUGCUUCAUCAUUUUCCAUUUCUUUUUUACAGGUCUUCAGUCACCCAGGCACAUGAUAUUUCUAACCCCAAUUACAUGGGAGUGUCCUUCCAAAGGGGUAAUGUAAUCGACAAAGGUUGGAGCUACAGCAUGCCCCCCAAAAAUACCGCUGGUCAAGGGAGUAAAGAUCUGAAGAAGGGGGAUGUGGGCUCACGCAGUCCAACAACAAAAUCUUUAAAUCCUAUGUAAGGGAAAAUUUUAUGAGGCAACAUUUGUGAACUAUCUCAGGAAAAAAUACUGUUCAUACCUGUCAUAGAACCUGAACCACACCUGAGUGACUGAUCUAUGUUUUUUUUAGGGGUGAGGGGGAGCAGCCGUCAGAGAUGUUUGACAAUCCGUUAUAUGGUGCAAUGGGAAAAUCACACCAUCGAGGGAAAGACCAAGACCACCAGCUGAAAGACCAACUCCUACCUCCUGAUAUGUUCUGCACGAGCUCCAAACAAGCAGAUGCUGACCCUGAUCGCCCCCCUGUGCCCACCCCCCGCAUUCGCUCCUUCACCUGUUCUGAGACCAAACCUCAGCUGCCGACCCCACUCACCUUGCAAGUGCACAAGAAACCAGUGGUGCCUUCACGCUCAGAGGGUGGGAUGGGAGCAAACCGACCUCCUUUACCUUCCAAGUCUCGACCAGGUGUGCCAGAGCCCCAGAUCACAAAACCCAGAGACUACAGAGAGAGCUCUGAACUCCCCAGCAAACACAGACCGCCAGCAAGACCAGCCCAGCCGCAGCCUCCCAAAGACAGUAAGAGAAAAUCUGUCCCUCUGAUGGCAAGAUUCAUAAAAUAUCCCCACAAAUGUUGUUGGUAUAAUGAUGAAAAUGUUGUCUGCUUUCAGUGUACGCUGAAGUUCCCAAGAUGGGCCGUUCUGUGAAGUGAAUCCAGGCUGUAGCACACUCUACAGCUUCCUGCUUUGCUUUUAUGGAAACAUAUAAUACACAACGGAGUGAGCUUUAGCCAGUCACAAUCGUCCUCAUACGUACCACAUGCAAGUCAAAAUACAUGAGUAAAAACUGAACUAUCCUACAUGUGGUAAAAAUUUGCUUCUGCAGUGGUUGAUUUGUCACAAACUUAGAGAAGAAGAGAGAUACCAUGGUCAUAUCUGUACGCUACAUGAAGCCACAGCUUGCUGGUUUAGCUUAGCUAACAGAUGGAAAACAGGGGAAAUUUUCCUUAAUGUGCAAGUAAGUCAACAACCUGGACCUCUGAGAAAAAAAAAAAACCUUUGGGACCAAUCAAACAGCUUCUUUUUCUAAUGUAAGAGACAAGCUUUUCCAACCCUCCCGAAACGCUAAAGCUUCACUUAUCUAAAAAACAAUGAUCUUCAUUCAACAUAGGGCUGUCGCAAUAUCUGUAUCGAUUAAAACUGUCAUUUUGAAAAGAUAAUGCUGAUAUUCUUCUAAAAAUAAGCAUAUGGGAACAACUGGUACAAAGUAGAAGAUCAUUUAAUUUUGAGUGGUUUUAUUGUGAAUCCAAAAACUAUUUAAGAGCUUGUGCCUCUUCAAGGGGUGCCAGGACAUGUGAUCUUACCAUGCUUUUAGACCAUUUCUUACAGUUCUGCAACUUAAAAUCUUCAAAUAAUGGUAUGAACUUAAUUUCAGGAUAAAAGUAUAUUUUGACAGUGCAGGAACUAUAAAAACUUUAGUGCAAGACAGCAAAGAUGUCAAAAUAAUAAUAAUCUAAUAAGGCAAUCCUCUCUAUUUAUUGAUAAAGUUUAGGAAUUUUAUGUGUCACUCCACCCUUGACUUUCCUUCCUUUAUUUGACAGAGUUUGUUGUUUUGUUUCCAACAUUUUUUAAAUAUAAAAAUGAAGAAAAAAACUUUGUUUUUAUCGGAAACUUUGAAAUUCAAAGAUGUUUUUUUGGCCACUGUAACGGUGGGGUGAAACUGUGAUUGCAUGACAGUAAAUUUAAAUUAAUAUUCAAUUUGAAGUCUUCUCUCACAGUAAAUUGAAAACAUCAGUGUCAUCCUGUAGGUCCUUUUAACAGAUUCAGAAAAUAACAGAAGUACUUCUAGGAGGUAUGUUGGCAUUUUCUCCUCACUCAACCUGUCCUGUAACACUGCCAAAGUCCUCGCCAUCUUUGGUUACUCUGUGUCUGUUUUCUUCAGUUUGGUUUAUGUCUUUUUCACUGUACUUGUGUGCUUAAAACUUCCAUCAAUAGGUUUUGAACAUUCUUGUCCUCUUUUCUCUUUUUCCUCUUCCUUGUCUUCUAACAUGUUUCUUUGGUGACUGGCCGCAGACCACAAAUACGAAGUUUUGUGACAGCCAUAAUCUAACUCAUGAAAAUACAGAGAAAAUGAAACUGGAAUAGAUUUAUAUUCAUUUGUUUUAGUUUUCUCAUGUCCGUUUGGAAUAUCAUUACUGACUUAAAUAAUGAACUUAUUACUUAUUACAUUUGCAUCACAUUUCAAAUGCCAAAGCUCUCUAUCCAUAGAUCCACAAUAGAUAUAGAAGUAGGUUCAAGUGAUUUAAAGUCUUGUAUGUAUGUAGUAGAAGUAAAGCCACAAAUAAAAACUGUAAAAAAUGAAAUUAACAAAAGGAAAUAAAAGAGUAUCUCUUGUGGCCAUCUUUCAGCCUACCUGUGAGUAACUUUGCUUUCCAAUUUCCUAGAAUAUUUCCAUGUUUUUUUACUGACCUGUACCUACCUGCUUUUCCUGCCAUGUCCAGGAAGCUGUUCGUCUUUUAAACUAAUGAAUGCUGAAUUCACAGUGACGAUGCUGUUAUAAUAAUGUGUUCUGACAGUCCCUAUUUUUCUUUGAAAUAUCCAUGUCAAUGUGCCCCUGAAAUUUCAGCCUGCUCCUGGAGUUUUGAAGGUGAUAUGUAGCUUAAUGUAUCAUGGACUGACAUGACCAUGUUAAUUGAUAUCCUCCUCUAUUUUCCAGUCAAGAAAAAAAAAGUACAGUUGUGUCAGUUUUCGUGCCUAAUCUUUUUUUUUUUUAAAUACAACAUACAUCUUUGGACUGAAUUUUUGUUAAGCCUGCACUUAACAUGUCAGGCAAACAAUUUUACAUAAAUAUAUGAUUCUGUUACAUUUCCUGUAGAUUUAAACACUUCAAAGAAGCUCAUGAAUGUGUACCGCACAGUGUUAUCUCCCGUACAUAUGUCUGCCCUCAAGAUGUAGAAUAAAUGCUGAAAUUAAGAACUACA